CCACUCGCUGUCGAGCUCGCUGUCGGGCUCGCUCUCGGGCAGCCUCAGCGCGUCGUCGCUCCUGUCGGGCUCGACCGCGUCGUCGUCCUCGCGCACGGUGCACGGCCACGGUGGCGGUAGCCAGCACGCGCACACGCGGCACCGCAGCCUGUCGCGUGCGACGCCGUACGGCGGCGUCGGCGCGCUGCGAGCGAGCACCGGGUCCGGCGCAGGAGGCGCCCUCGCCGCGCCGUUCGACAUGGCCGCCGCGUCGUCGACGGCAGCAGCGCCUGCUCUCAGCCGGUCGGGCUCGCGCGCCGGACUCGCGAGCGAGCCGAUGAGCAAGGUGUACUCGUCGCCGCUGAGCGAGAUUGCCGGGCGGUGGGAGGGCCUGUCGCUCACGUCGCCGUCGUCGGGCGGCGGUGCGGCGCCGUGGCUCGCGAGGAGCGGGAGCAUGGGUGAGCAGGGCGGGCUCGCCGCGUUGAUCGCCGAGGAGGCUCGCGCCGCGGCGGGAGGAGGGGGAGGAGGGGGAGGAGGAGCAGCGCCGCCCGUCUCGCUCGCGCACCCGACGACGGGCCUCAUGCGCGUCGACGAGAACGGGCGCGCCUCGCUGCCGCUUUAAGCGUGCUUGCGGUCCCUCCCUCUCCCCCCCUCUUCGCUCGACGAGGGCGCGCCGCCGGCGGCGCGCACAGACACUUCCUCUCGCUCUCCCUCUUUCCCUCGACGUCGUCUCUCUUGCUCAGACUCUCUCGCCAUCUGUUAUCUCUCGUCGCAUCCUCUCUCCCUAUCUCUCUCUCUCUCCUUGCCUUUAUUUGUGUAGCGCACCGCCACGACCGGCACGAGCUGCUGCAUUUCCAGCCCGGUCUCGUCGCCCUUGU